ACACAGGAUUUUUACUACUGGAACCCGGACGCUCAGAGCACAGCGAGAGUCUCACUAGACAACAGAGGACGCACAGAUUCCGCUCUGGAUAUUAUACCAAGACCCGGUUGGAUGUGCAAUAUGACUUUUGAAGAUACCAGUGGAGAUAAUUCAACAGAAAGAAUGGACUCGGUGGCUACAGCGUUAGAGGAGGUCCUGAGCUCUGCGUUGCCUCAGGGUUGCAUCACUGUCGGAGUUUAUGAAGCAGCGAAGUCACUUAAUGUGGAUCCAGACAAUGUGGUGUUGUGUCUACUGGCCACAGAUGAUGAGGAGGAUGUGGCUCUGCAGAUUCACUUUACCUUGAUACAGGCUUUCUGCUGCGAGAAUGACAUCAACAUCCUGCGUGUGAGCAACAUGAGGCGUCUGGCAGAGAUACUCGGCGGAGUGAAGCCUGGAGGAGAGCCAAUGGACUUACACUGUGUUCUAGUUACUAAUCCUCAGUCAUCCCCGUGGAAGGACCCUGCACUGAGCAAGUUGAACAGAUUCUGCAGAGACUGCCGGUGUUUGGAUCAGUGGGUGCCUGUUAUCAACCUUCCUGACCGAUGAAGCUGCUUGGAAUAUUAAUGUAUUGUGUGCAUUGGGGAAAAAGUAACUGCCUAAGGCCUGUGUUAAUGUCUGUGUUGGACUUGAUUGGAAAGCGCCCCAGAGAGAGAGAGGUGGAGAGAGAGCGACUGGAGAGUUAGGGGAAGGAAGGGGAAAAAAAGAGCGUUCCAACAAAUUUACCAGGUCAGGGUGAACUUGUGGGCCAAGGAAGAGUGACUCAGCUGUCUGGGUUCCCGGAUUUUCUAACGUAUGACUGCGCCUUUCUCUGCCGAGAAAGAAUCCUUUUCGAGGAAACGGAAUCAUGUGAGCAUGGAGCACACGUGGUGCCGAGCACAGGCGCAUGGACUGGGGAAAA